AUGAGUGAUGCAAAAGAAAACGAGGAGGCUGACCAGGGCCUGCCCUCGGUCUUGGCAGAGAACCAACAGUUGGUUGAUGCAAAGGAUCGAGUUCAACCUGAAGCUGCUUCUGCUCCUGUUGCAGUAGAUGAAACGUCAAACCUUGUCGAAAAUGGGUCAAAUCAUGUUGAAAGUGGGUCAAAUCAGGCUGAAAAGAAGAAGGAAGAGCCACUUGUUGAGGAUAAAAACGUGGAACUUGAGGCUGUUUCACAAGGCAUUCCACAAGAGGAUGUUCAAGAUACUCUUCAUUCUGUUCCAGUAGAGGCUCAUACUCAGAUUUUGGAGAGGACUGAGUGUGAAGAAGCUUGUACUACGAAGGGGGAGGCUGAAGGAUUUCCCACAAAUAAUAAGAAGGUGGAGAAUACUGAUGGUAUUCAUCAAAAUAGUAUUGAUGUUGUUGAAAUGGCUGUGGAAGUGAAGCCUGAGGGCUGUGGAAUGGUUGAUAGUAAAACUUGUGACAAUGAUGGUGACCCUAUGCCUACAAGUCAUGAUGAGCCUGUUAUUUCACAACCUGCUCCUACUGAUAUAAACACUGAAGUUGUGAAUGUAUUAGAAGUUGAGAAUAAGGCUGAUGAAAAGGAAGCUACUGACCCUGCUGAUAAUGGUAAUUCAAAUUCAAAGCACUUGUUUUUCUUGGAUGCUGACCAUUCCUAUGAUGGUAAUGAGUCAGGAACAGAGGAGGAGCAGUCAGCCUUUAUGAAGGAGAUUGAAAACUUCUUUAGGGAGAGGAGCAUGGAAUUCAAACAUCCCAAGUUUUAUGGAGAAGGAUUAAAUUGCCUCAAGCUGUGGAGAGCUGUAACAAGAUUGGGUGGCUAUGAUAAGGUAACUUCAUGUAAGUUAUGGCGGCAAGUGGGAGAGUCUUUCAAACCUCCAAAGACAUGCACCACUGUCUCAUGGACUUUUCGGGGAUUUUAUGAGAAGGCACUUCUUGAUUAUGAAAGACAUAAAAUAAAAGGUGGUGAGCUGAACGUGCCUAUUGCUUCUCAUCCAGAGCCUAUAAAUAUUGAAAAUCAGGCAUCAGCAUCAGGUAGAGCCCGGAGAGAUGCUGCAGCACGGGCUAUGCAGGGUUGGCACUCACAACGUCUCCUAGGGAAUGGUGAAGUUAGUGACCCUAUUAUUAAGGAUAGGAAUUCUGUGUCUGUGCAAAAACGUGAAAAGCAGAUUAAAAGCAUCAAUUUACACAAACGUAAGAAACCAUCUUCACCUUACAUGGAUAACGCAGUCAAAGCUGCUCGCAGUAAACCAUCAAAACCACAAUUGGACACAUCUGUGAUUGACAUAGGACCUCCUGCUGAUUGGGUGAAAGUCAAUGUACAAAAAACUAAAGAUUGUUUUGAGGUAUAUGCUUUAGUUCCUGGCCUUCUGCGUGAAGAGGUUCGUGUACAGUCAGAUCCAGCAGGACGCCUUGUCAUUAGCGGUGAACCUGAGCAUCCCAGCAAUCCUUGGGGUGUGACACCAUUCAAAAAGGUCGUCAGCUUGCCCUCAAGAAUUGAUCCUCAUCAGACGUCGGCGGUGGUAACGCUGCAUGGGCAGUUGUUUGUUCGUGUCCCAUUUGAACAAUCAGAAUAG